AUGGCACAAGAAGUAGCAUUCAAUGGGUCAAAUUAUGGAUCGCAGACAGGAAUCAACUAUGGUUCAAUAACAAAUGAGUUUCAACUUCUAUCAGGUAUCAUAUGGGGCUUACUCCGUACUUCGUGCUCGAUCGUACAUACUCAUCCUUAUAUAGACCCGAAUGACAAGUUGCCCAUUGUUCAUGCGGCUAUGUUUAAUUCGCUAGCGGAUCAGCAUGAACAAGAAUGCCUGCCAGGCACAAGGACGGAGCUGCUCGAUCAGAUCAAAGAAUGGGCGUUCUCGACACAUGGCCGGUGUAUAUUCUGGCUGAAUGGAAUGGCAGGGACAGGAAAAUCGAGUAUCUCUCGAACAGUGGCAAAGUUCUGCAGCCAAAAUGACACGUUGGGUGCGAGCUUUUUCUUCAAGAGGGGCGAAAAUGACCGUGGAAGCUCGGCAAAACUGUUCUCAACGAUCGCAAGACAACUAGGGACCAACUUUCGGUGGUUGCAGCCUGCUAUUCAACAAGCAGUUCACGAUGACCCCUCUAUCGCAAUGAAGGGAAUGGGAGAACAAUUCUCCAAUUUGAUACUUCAACCACUGUUGAACUCCGAAAAUCCAUCUGAUUCGCUAUCUGAACCCUCAGUACAGACUGUCAUGAUAGUAAUGGAUGCAUUGGAUGAAUGUGAUUCAGAGAAAGAUGUGCGGCUUGUUUUGCAGCUUUUGCCGCAGUUGCAGAAGCUAAAGCAUAUACAACUGCGAGUUUUCCUAACUAGCAGGCCAGAACUACCGACUCGACUAGGAUUUGAGAAGAUCGCAUCCCAUUAUUACGAGCAGUUUGUUCUCCAUGAAAUCUCUGACAACGUGAUCGAGCAUGACAUAAAUUUUUACCUACAACACAGACUCUCAGCGAUUAGGGAUGAACGGAAAUCUAUUCUUCCUCCAGAAUGGCCUGGACUUGUGAAUCUUCGAAAGUUAGUCUUCUUGUCCGUUCCAUUGUUCAUCUUUGCCGCCACGAUGUGUAGGAUUCUUGAGGAUCCAUAUUGGGAUCCACUGGAAAGUCUUGCCGAGAUCCUAGCAUAUCGAAAUCAUGGUUCUAAGCUGGAUGGAACAUAUCUCCCUGUGCUUGGGAGACUUCUUCACGGGCAGGAUGCGCGACAGAAAGAGCUAUUGGUCCAAGAAUUUCGGCAAAUAGUCGGUGCGAUUGUCACUCUACAAAGCCCACUAUCAGUUACCUCGCUUUCAAGACUAAUAGGCCUCCCCGAGAGACUUAUACAACUCAGACUAGACCCACUUCACUCAGUUCUGGUUAUACCAAGUGACAAUUCUGCACCAAUACGCCUAUUUCACUUAUCAUUUCGGGAUUAUCUUCUCCAUUCUGAGACUCGCCAAAAAUCCCCAUUGUGGGUAAACGAGACAGCAACACACCAUGUGUUGACGACAAAAUGUCUCCAGGCAUGUCAGAAACUACGGAGAAAUAUAUGUCGCCUUAAAAGUGACGGAUCCAGCCGCGCAGAGUUGGAUCGCCAAACAAUCCAGCAUUUUCUUCCCGCAGAGCUACAGUACGCUUUUCGCUAUUGGCCACAUCACAUGGCACAAUGCGUAGACCUGGAUCAUGUCAUAGAAGAUGGUUUGGCCUUUCUUCGGAGAUCUUUCCUGCAAUGGGUGGAAGCAAUGAGUCUGAUGGGUCUUGCAUCAGAAUUGGCGGGAUUGUUGGAUCACCUUCAGGUGGUUAUACCACACAGCGAUAAUUCUGGAAUGCGAGAGUUUUUGUAUGAUGGGACACGAUUUCUUUUGAAAAAUUGCCAAAUAUUUGAGGAUGCACCGCUCCAAGUCUAUUCGGCAGGACUUUUAUUUGCACCUCGAGCUUCGAUCAUUCGCUGUUGCUUUGGAAAUGAGUUUCCUGAUUGGUUGUACCGGCCACCAAAAGUCAAAGAGAACUGGAGCGCAGAGUUACAAACACUCGAAGGUCACACAAGUUCAAUCAACUCGAUAGCGUUCUCUUCCGAUGGACUACUGGCAUCCGCCUCCAGUGAUCACACGGUCAGGAUUUGGGACAGCAGGACGAGGACAGCACAGCACACCCUCAAGGCUCAUGAGGGCUCCGUCAAUUCAACGGCUUUUUCCCCGAACGGACAGCUGUUAGCCUCUGGCUCUGGUGAUAAAACAGUGCAUCUCUGGGACACUGCGACAGGAGAUCUACUCCAUACCCUCAAAGGCCAUACGAGCUCGGUAAGCUCAGUGGCCUUCUCUUCCGAUGGCGGGCUUUUGGCAUCCGGAUCUUACGACGAGACGGUUCGAGUCUACAAAGCUGGUACGGGUGAUUUACUACGGGUUAUCAAGGGCCAUACAUCGUUGAUUUACUCGGUCGCUUUCUCCUCUAAGGGACAGAUGCUAGCCUCUGGUUCUUCCGACAAAAUCAUUAGAAUCUGGAACCCCGUGACAGGAGUUCUUUUACAGGCUCUUGCAGGCCAUCAAAGUUCCGUUUAUUCUGUUAUGUUCUCUCCCAAUGGCCGGCUACUGGCAUCUGGCUCUGCGGAUAAGACCGUCCGACUGUGGAGUAUCAUGACUGGAGUUAUGGAGCUAUGUAUCGAGGAUCAUACCACCCAAGUGAAUUCAGUAGCCUUCUCCUCUGAUGGGCGUCUUCUUGCAUCUGGCUGCUCUGAUCAAAUAGUUCGCCAUUGGGGAAAUAAAGCGAGCAACUUGCUUCAAUCCUUUGAAGGUCAUACAAAAUCUGUCACAUCUGUCGCAUUCUCUCCGAAUAACCGGUUCCUUGCAUCAGGAUCUGGUGAUCACACAGUGAAGUUAUGGGAUACGAAGGUGUUCAGCGUACAAGAAGGGCCUAAGCAAAAUUCCUGUUCGGUUGAGUGGAUGGCAUUUUCCCCAGAUGGCCGGCUGCUGGUAUCUGGGUCGUUUGAUGGGACUGUUCGGCUUUGGGACACAGCAUCAGAAGGCCGCCUUCAUACCAUCAAGCCAUCAAUCUCUAUUGAGUGGAUUUCCUUCUCGCCCGACAGUCGGUUCCUAGUUUGUGGCUCUGGUAGUGGGAAUGCCGAGCUGCGGGAUACUACGACAGGGUCUUGUUUGCGGUCUACAGAUGAGAUCGAUACAAGCUUCAAUCAAAUAGCCAUUUCUCACGACAACAGGUGGGUGGCUUGUAUCUCUACAAGAGUCACAGUCCAACUUUGGGAUAUUAGGAUGGGCGCCCUUCACCAGACUCUCGGUGGUCACUCGGGCCGGAUUUACUCAAUUGCGUUUUGCCCAGACAGCCAGGUACUAGCGUCCGGAUCUCGUGGUGGAAGAAUACGGCUUUGGGAUCCCGCAACAGGAACUCUACUGCGGACUCUCGAGGGCCAUUCAGACGAUGUUUUCUCGGUCACAUUUUCCCCCAACGGUCGGCUAUUGGCAUCCAGCUCCAGAGACGCACUAGUUCGAGUAUGGAAUGUCUCGGCAGGCACUUUGAUGCAUGUUUUCGAUGAUGAUCUACCCGGCUUUCCACGUCCAUUUAUAUCCUUCUCUCCUGAUGGCCGAUGCCUGCUAUCCAGGUGUGAUGGCAAAGUCCGGUUUUUGGAAAGCUCAACAGGUGUCUUACAGCUUAUCCUUAAAGGCAUUGAGAUUCUGGGUCCAAAUUCUUAUUACCCUAAAGAUGAUCAAGUGCUUGCCUCUAGCUCAAUCGAGGACCUGAUACUUUGGGUGACUGCUGUAAACACUCUAUUCGCAAGUCUUCAUGUUGAUUCUGAAGUCCGCCUAAAGAAUGUUGCCUUUUCUCCCGAUGGAAAGCUAGUAGCAAUAAGUUCUGAGGGUAGGCCGAUACAGCUCUGGAAUCCCUGGACAGCUAUCCUUUGCCAGACUUUGGAUGAAUAUUCAGGCUGGGACUCUCCACUUACCUUUUCACCGAAUUGUCGCUUGCUAGCAUACUGCCCUGAUAACGAAACAGUGCGGCUUUGGGAUACCUCGACGGGUGCUUUAAUGCAAACCCUCAAUACUCAUCCAAGCUCGGUUGACCGGGUGUUCUUCUCUCAAGACAGCAGGCUGCUGGUGUCUCUUUCCACUGAUAACACGAUACGGCUCUGGCACACGGAUACAGGCGUCCUGCGGCAUAUUUGGUUUAUAACCAUUCCACUUCUCAGACCCAAUCUAACCCAAGACAGCUCAUGUCUCAACUUCAACUCCAGCUCCAGGCACCAAGACCAUACCCGCAACCCAUUGCAGUUGGGCUUGAUAGAUAAGGGCCACUGGGUAACAUUGAAGAAGCAAAAGAUCCUCUGGCUUCCUCCCGAGUCCAGGGCUGCUUCUUUCGCGAUUCAUGAAACUCUGCUUGCCCUUGGACAUGACUCUGGUCGCAUUUCAUUCAUGGAUUUCCGAGUAUAG